CCGGGACCGGCGCCGCUCAGCUGUUCUCUCCUGCAGGACCUUACCUGUUCUCGGUCCAGCAUUGUAAAUGUCCGCAGGUCUCUCUUGGUCAUCCCUGUACUGUCUGCAGUCUCUGGUCAUCCCCUGUACUGUCUGCAGUCUCUGGUCAUCCCCCCUGUACUGUCCGCAGUCUCUGGUCAUCCCCUGUACUGUCUGCAGUCUCUGGUAUUUUCCUGUACUAUGUUCACAGACUCUGGUCAUCUGUACUAUGUCCGCAGUCUCUGGUCAUUCCCUGUUACUAUGUCCACAGUCUGUGGUCAUCUCCAGUAGUGUGUCUGUAGUCAUCUCUUGUACUGUGUCCGCAGUCUCUGGUCAUCUCCUGUACUAUGUCCGCAGUCUCUGGUCAUCUCCUGUACUAUGUCCGCAAUCUGCUGGUCAUCUCCUGUACUACGCCUGCAGUCUCUGGUCAUCCCCUGUACUAUGUUCACAGACUCUGGUCAUCUCCUGUACUAUGUCCACAGUCUCUGGUCAUCUCCUGUACUGUGUCUGCAGUCCAUGGUUCCGAGAAAUUUUUUUUUCUUUGUUUUUCACCUCU